UGUCUGUGGAGGGUGUCGCACGGGUAGUUCCGGUGCUGACGUCGGCAGGAGCCAGUUAUUGCUGAGGCGGCGGCGGUAGUAGUUCGAGUGCGCAGCGAGCACCGGCUCACGAUGGCGUACGCUUACCUUUUCAAGUACAUCAUCAUCGGGGACACAGGUGUGGGCAAGUCAUGUCUAUUACUACAGUUUACAGACAAGCGAUUUCAACCUGUACAUGAUCUUACCAUUGGUGUAGAAUUUGGUGCUCGAAUGAUAACCAUUGAUGGAAAGCAAAUAAAACUUCAGAUUUGGGAUACUGCUGGGCAAGAGUCUUUCCGUUCCAUCACAAGAUCUUACUACAGAGGAGCUGCUGGUGCCUUGCUAGUUUAUGACAUCACAAGGCGGGACACCUUCAAUCACUUGACAACUUGGUUAGAAGAUGCUCGCCAGCAUUCCAACUCCAACAUGGUCAUCAUGCUCAUUGGAAAUAAGAGUGACUUGGAAUCAAGACGAGAAGUGAAGAAAGAUGAAGGGGAAGCUUUUGCAAGGGAGCAUGGCCUCAUUUUCAUGGAGACUUCUGCAAAGACUGCUUCUAAUGUUGAAGAGGCAUUUAUUAACACAGCUAGGGAGAUCUAUGAGAAAAUACAGGAAGGAGUCUUUGAUAUCAAUAAUGAGGCAAAUGGAAUCAAGAUUGGACCACAGCAUGCUGCUACCAAUGCAUCACAUUCAGGCAGCCAUGGAGGGCAACAGGCUGGUGGAGGUUGCUGUUGAGAUUGCUCAUUUAUCAAUCUGCUUGACUUGGCCCUAUUACCUUUUCACCCUCUCCUACACCAGUCCAAAACAGGAAGCCAUUAAUAUAUGGUUUAUAUAAUAGGAGAUAUCUGGGAAGUCCUUCAUAAACCUUGUAAAACUUGUCGUACAUACUGUUCUCAGCAGAAAGCUAAUAUUUGCUUAGACAGGAUUUGAAAAUUGUACUCGUACCUAUUUACAGUUUUUUCUGGUUGUUCUUUUGUCUACUUUGCCCUUGACUACAAAAUGAAUUGUAUUAAACACUACAAAUCACAUCUGAAUAUUUUAAUUGUGGGUUAAAAUUCCUAUUACUGUUACUUAUGUUUCAUAACAUCAAACUGUAAAAGCUGUCAAAUUUCAAAUGCUGUGGAGAAUCGCUAGAGGACUGUUUUAAUUCUGUAUUUAUCAUCCACUUUGUGUAUAUAUAGUUCAAAUAAAAGCUUGGGGUGUAUGUUGGCCAAGCUGAAAUCCCUUGUAGUUAAGCAGGCCAUCAAUGUCUUAACUACUUCAGCUUAAAAUGCCAGUAUUGUUCUAGACUGAAGCUUUGUCUAUUCUGAAUUUGAGAUGGUUUGACUUUUGGUCUCAAUACCACCUGCUUUCCCUCCUCAUGCUACCAUCGCAGCCCUAAGUCCAUAACAUGCAAAUGUAACUCAUGGUAAACGUACAUUGUUAGAAAUUUCAUAUCUGUUUUAAUGCCAAAUUGUCUAUUCUGCUUCUUUAGAGCACCCCAUCAGAAAUGGAUCAGUGGUUUGCCUUAAAGAAUAGCUUAAGAUUAAAACAUAUGGCAGCUGAAAGAAAGUUCUUUUCUUUUCUUUUGUUUGGGAUGGUGCAUUAAAACAAAUGUAGAUCUUUUUUCUCAUUACACAAAUACAUUUUUAUCUGCAUGUAUUGCUUUGAUUAGUAAAUUUAAACACUAGCUUUAAAAUUAGAUGUAAAAGUGGUGUAAAGCUUUUCUUUGCAGUCUAUUCUGUUUUGUCAGUGAAGAUUUGUUUAUUGUACAGGGGUGAUAAAUUUAAUAAACCUGCCAAAAUGAAACAACCUGACACAAACUGAACAGGCUUGUAGCUCUGUGAACCUAAAUCUAUACACGGUCAAUAUGGCAUUGUUUAUAAGCCAAGACUAUUUAAACUGGUAUCUUAAACAAUAAAUAAUAAUUGUGCAUUGCCAUUUUUCAUACUAACAAA